AUGAUUCCUUAUAUUAAAUUUGUUAAUUAUCCAAAAGAUUAUGAUUGGCUUUUAGAAAUAAUUAUGCCUCAAUCUAGUCCAUUUGUUAAAACAAUUAGUGGUGAUAUAUAUAAAACAUGGAAUGGAGAAGCAAUAAUUAAUUUUAAAUGGAAUACCUUUGGAAAAUAUUAUUACUUGAUAAUUUGGGCCACAUUUAUGGCUUUACUUGGAUGUUUUACUACUGCUGUAACAAUUCCUCAACAAUAUAUUGACAAAGAUGUUCAGGUCCAACUUUUGAUUGCUUCUAUUAUACUUGGAUUAAUUCAUCUCAGUUUUGAAAUUCGACAAAUUAUUUAUAAUCCUAUUAAGUGGAUCCGUAAUUUUUGGAAUAUAUUUAAUAUACUUGCAUGUGUGCUUCCAAUUUUUAGUGCUGCUCACUGGCUUCAAACGGAUGACAAACAUGUUAAAUUACUUUCUUUUUCAUGUCUAUUUUUGGAUAUAAAAUUUCUUUUAUUUUUUAGAGUGUUUGAAUCUUUUGGUGUAUAUUUUGCAAUUAUAAUUAGUGUUGCAAAACAAAUUAUUUCAUUUAUAGUAGUAUUGUUUAUUAUUAUAAUUAGUUUUGCACAUGCAUUUUAUAUUAUGUUAUCACCAAUAGAUACUAAUUUUUCAUUUGAUAAUCGUGUGAUCAAUAAUGAUCCUAAUAAUCCAUGGAACAUAGUUCCUACUUAUGGUAAAGUACUUGAUGAUGGAACUAUAGAUUCUAAUCCAUAUAUUAUUCAAUUACCAAAUGAAAAUACAAACAUGUUUAUAAGUUAUCAAUCUGCACUUUUUGCAAUGUAUAAAUUUUUAACAGGUGAUUCAAGUUCAUUAUCCAAUUGGUCAUAUAUGAAUAAUCCAUCAAUUGUAAUAUUGAGUGUUUUAUUCUCACUUUUAAUUGUUGUAUAUCUUAUGAAUUUAUUUAUUGGAUUACUUAAUAUUGCGAUUGAUAAGGAUAAUGAUAGAGUCUCAUAUUUAAUACAAAAAGCAGAGACGUUGGAAAGAAUUCCAGAAGUAAUAUAUUAUUAUGCAAAUGUUGAUAAGACACGUGAAGAAAUCAAAAAAUUAAUUAGUGAUGGUCAAUGGGAUGCUGAUGUAUUUUCAGAAAUGAGAGAAGAUCUAUUAAAAAAACUUAAUAUUCAAAAUUAUAAAACCGAUCAAAAAUUAUUAAAAGAAAUACAAGAAAAACAAGAGGCCGAUCAGAAAUUAUUGAAAGAGAUGCAAGAAAAAAAUGAAACUGAUCAAAAAUUACUAAAAGAAUUACAAGAAAAACAUGAGAAUGAUCAGAAAUUAUUAAAAGAGAUACGAGAGAUAUUGUUAAACAAAACAAUGAUAUAA